GCAAAGGGGUGGAGAGAUGGGCUCUCCUCGUCCGGUGACAACCCUCGGCCUGCGAUGGCAGCGGGAGCGGGAGGCGAGGGGGUUGGCGUUGGCUGGCAGGGCCCCCGGACUCUACUACUCCAGAAGAACUCCCAGGGCUUCGGCUUCACACUGCGCCACUUCAUCGUCUACCCACCAGAGUCUGCCCUGCACACCAGCCUCAAGGUACCACCACUGGACACAACAACUGGGGCUUUAAAGGACGAGGAGAACGGGAAUGGAAAGGGGAGAAGUAGGUUGGAGCCAAUGGACACCAUAUUUGUCAAGAAUGUGAGAGAGAGAGGUCCUGCUCACCAGGCUGGCUUGUGUACAGGGGAUCGGCUGGUGAAGGUGAAUGGAGAGAGUGUCCUGGGGAAAACCUACUCCCAGGUGAUCGCCCUCAUACAGAACAGUGAGAGUGUGUUGGAGCUCUGUAUAAUGCCAAAAGAUGAAGACGUGCUGCAGCUGGCAUACUCCCAGGAUGCCUACCUGAGGGGCAACGAGCCUUACACAGGGGGAGCCCGGAACCUUCCGGUACCCCCGCCCCUCUGCUACGCUCCCCGCGCCAAGUCCCAGCCUCCCGCCGGUGCCCCGGCCCCCAUGGGCCAGAACCAGCUGGACAACUGGAGCCGCUGGGCAGGCUCCUCCAGCCCUUCGUCCCCCUGGACAACCGCUCCGCCGUUGGCAGCCCGGCCAGCUGGCAGGAGGGGCGGGGCGGAGAGCCGGGGGGCAUGGGCCACAGUAGCCCCCCCCACAGGACAGAGGAGAUCCUACGGUGUGACCGGGCAGCAGCCUACGGGACAGACCAGGGGUCGCUCUUACUCCUCAUCUUCCUCCUCAGGAGGGCCCCUCAGCAGCCCUCUGCAUGUCCACUACGUCAACCACAAUGCUGCCACCGCCACCACCGCCUCCUCUCAGCCACGGAAGGUCAGCCAGGCCUGGGCCAGCCCUCCCCAGCCCAGCCCCAGCCGCAGCCAGCACUGCCAACAGGCCCUGUCUGAGUGGUACUACAGCCAAGCUGCUGAGCAGCGCCAGGGCCGUAGUGGCAGCAUGCACCAACGCCACCGCAGCUACUCUCAGGACAGGCUGUGUGAGACAGGCCCCGGGCGCCACCGCCGGGGUCCGAGUGGCUGGCCCCACAGCGCCUCCCAGGACACCCUGAUGCUACUGCAGCAGUCGGGCCCCGGCCCCCACGGGGACCCCUCUUGGACCUACGGAGACUGGGAGGGGGCCCGGGACCGGAGUCACCCCUCCUCCUAUGGCAGCAGAGCCCGGUCAGAGAACCUGCUGGUACAGUACGACCGCUAUGGCCACUCACUGGAGAUGCUGGAGUCGCCCGUUUUGAGAGGCCCGCCUGGCUGCAGCAGGCCCCACAGCAAGCUCCCAGGACUGAGGCCUACCAGAGGAAGGGGAACCAGUAUGGUGUCGCACCGACCCCCUCUAUGGGCCGACAAGCACAGCCGCACCACAAAAAGCCACUCCCAACCCCAACCCCACUCACAGUCCCACACACAGCCCCAGCCCCAACAGCCAGCCCCCCAGAGCAGACGUCUGCCUACCGGACAGAGCCUGGACGACCAGCCAGUAGGUUACCGCAGCUACAGCCCCUCCUUCUACCGCAAGACAGGCCGCAUCAUGCAGCAACCCUCCUUCAGGGACCCCUCCUACCUUGGCCCCCACCUCAGCUGGGCCCCCACCCCCAAAACCACCCCCCCAGAGGGUGUUAUCCCCCCAGUUCCAUCCCCCCUGGCCUCCACCACCCCCGAGCCCCUUGACAGGGCCUACCGCCCCACCAACCAUGAGAGGGGGGCAGUGGAAGGGCAGGUGGAGGUGGAGGCUCAGACCCAGGAGGUCAAACUGAGACAGAAACCCCCCACGGGGCGAAGGAGCGCCCACGCCAUGCGCCACCCCCACUACACCCUGCCUGUAGAUGGAACGGAACCCCCUGUGUUCCCCCCUGACCCCCACGACGCUGUCCCUGCCCCUCGCCCCUCAGGAGAGGGUGCCCCGCGCCGUACCAAUGGCAACCUGGCCCCUCUGUCUGUAGAGGAUGACGCAAUGGCCUCCAUUCCCUUUAUAGAUGAGCCGACGAGCCCCAGCGUUGACCUCCGUGCCCGCCACGUGCCCGCCUCCUCCGUGGUGUCCGGCGGCAUGAGCUCAGCGCCCGCCAUCGUCACCAGCCCCGCCUCCCCUACCUUCACCUUCCCCCUAACCAGGCUCUUCUCACACGACUGCAGCAGUAUUAAAUCCAGUCGCCGUUCCUCCUAUCUUCUAGCCAUCACCACGGAGCGCUCCAAGUCAUGUGACGAGGGACUCAACACCUUCAGAGGAGAAGAGGGCCGCGUCUUUUCGAGGCUGCCAAAGAGAGUGAAGAGUUUCUUCACAGAUGGGUCCCUGGACAGUCUGGGGGCAGCGGAGGAAGCGCGCUCCAAACGCCACUCCACCUCAGAGCUGGGCAGCAUCAGCUACAGUGACAUAUGGAGAGAGGGAUGGCUUCACUACAAACAGAUCCUCACGGAGAAGGGCAAGAAGGUGGGCAGCGGCAUGCGUCCGUGGAGGCGGGUCUUCUCGGUGUUGCGCUCCCAUUCACUCUUCCUUUACAAGGACAAGCGGGAGGCAGUCCUGCGGGGCGCCACUCUGGGAGGUGAUGCCGACGAGGAGCAGCCAAUCAGCAUCCGGGGCUGCCUGGUGGACAUAGCGUACAGCGAGACCAAGCGUAAGCAUGCGCUGCGGCUGACCACUCAGGACUUCUGUGAGUACCUGCUGCAGGCCGAGGACAGAGAUGACAUGCUGGACUGGAUCAAGGUCAUCAGGGAGAACAGCAAGACCGACAAUGAGGAGCUGGGAUUCUCAAGACAGGCUCUAAUCAGUAAGAAGCUCAAUGACUACAGGAAACAGAGUCCAACAGGCAACAAGCCAGACUCCUCUCCCAGGGUGCCCCGUGCCAAGCCUUCCUUCCUGCUGGCCAAGAUGGAGAACGCUGCCGGGGCACCGCGCUCACCCAAACCUGAGGGCAAAGAUGAGAGCAGCCCCCCUAAGUCGCCAUGGGGGAUCAACAUCAUGAAGAAGUCCAAGAAGUCAGGGCCCAAGGCUUUUGGAGUGAGGCUAGAAGACUGCCAGCCAGCUGCCAACAACAAGUUCAUCCCUAUGAUUGUGGAGAUCUGCUGUGGGCUGGUGGAGGAGAUGGGUCUGGAGUACACAGGCAUCUACAGGGUCCCAGGGAACAAUGCAGUGGUGUCCAGCCUUCAGGACCAGCUCAACAAGGGGUCGGACAUCAACCCUGCAGAGGAGAAAUGGCAGGACCUGAACGUGAUCAGCAGCUUGCUCAAGUCUUUCUUCAGGAAACUUCCAGAGCCCCUCUUCACUGAUGAUAAGUACAAUGACUUCAUCGACGCUAACCGGAUGGAGAAUGCCGGGGACCGGCUAAAGACCAUGAAAAAACUGAUUCGUGACUUACCGGACCAUUACUACCACACUCUCAAGUUCCUGGUUGGCCAUCUGAAGACGGUAGCUGACCACUGUGAGAAAAACAAGAUGGAACCUCGUAACUUGGCCCUGGUGUUCGGGCCCACGCUGGUGCGGACGUCUGAAGACAACAUGACAGACAUGGUGACUCACAUGCCUGACCGCUACAAGAUAGUAGAGACGCUCAUCCAACAUUAUCUCUGGUUUUUCAGUGAGGACCUGGACAAGGAUGAAAAGACUCCAGUAGACACGAAGGACCUGGUGCCUGCCCCCAACAUCGACCACUUGCUCUCCAACAUCGGCAGGACCGCUCUGCUAGGGGAGGCCUCAGACUCAACCAACAGUGACUCAGCUAAAUCUAAGGGGUCUUGGGGGUCAAAGCGAGACCUCAAUGCCAAGGACUUCCUGACACUGUCCAUCAUGUCCGCUGUCACCGGACGCAAGCGCAGGAAUCGCCACAACGGCCGCAUGGUGGGCAGCAGCACGGACGACGACUCGGAGCACGAGCCAAUCAAAGCCAGCCACCUGGGCGCGGAAGAGGCGGGGCUGGUGGUGGGAGGAGAAGACACCGCCCCACGAGCAGAGGGAGAGGAAGAUGAGGAGGAGGAAGAAGUGGAGUCUGUAGUAGAGAGAGUGAGAGUGCAGGAGGAGGUGGAGGUAGAGGAGGUGGUAGUUCCCAGCAUGCCGUGCGGUGGUGAGAAAGAAAAAGCAGGGCAGACUGUGAUGCUGCUCCCUGAGGAAGAGGCGGUGACGGCGGAGGUGAAGGGCAGGGCGUGGCGGGGGCCAGAGGACGCUCGCUCUAUCGUCUCCGGUUACUCCACCCUCUCCACACUGGGGCGGAGCCUGGCGUCUGAGGGCCGGUGCGAUGAAGCUGACGACGAACGCAACGAGCUGGUGAGCGAGACGGACAAUGAAAGUGGAUUCGCCUCACGCUCCCUUACCCAGGAGAGACCUGAGAAACACCCCUCUACAUCCACUUCACCCACCCUCACACCCACUAUCCCCACACAGCCCCCCACAGCAGCACAACGAAGCUUCCUGUACACACACUACAAACCCCCCGCUGUCUCCCCCACUCCCCAGCACACCACCCCCACCCCCUCCACACACACUCAGGACCCUGGGGAGAGGAGCGAGGGUGGGGCACGAUCCACCACCCCUUCCUCCUCCUCCUUCUCGUCCUCCUCCACCACCCACAGACUGCACCCCCGGCCCUCGUUCAACUCCCACAAGCUGAUCCAGUGUGACACGCUGGCCAGGAAGAAGCUAAAGGACAGAGGGAAGACCAAGGCUUGUUCUCUGGACCUGCUGGACCUCCCUGGGCCUUCAGGAGAGGAGGAGGGAGCUGGGGCACCAGGGGCCCAGAGGGACCGAUCCAGGACCAACCCUUCCUCAGGGAGCAGCCAGGAGAGCCUGCGUCCCCCCCAGCCCAAAUCAGCCCUGCCGCCUAGCGAGGCUGCCUCCUUCACCCCCAGCGGGACAGGGCAGGGUCAGGGGCGAGGGUCUCUGGCUGACCAGGUGCGGGCGCGCCUGCUGGGCUCGGCUGAUGACCUGCGUAUCGUGGGGCUGAGGAAGCCACUCUCCCCAGAGACGAGGAGGAAGAGACGGGCCUGGAGAAGACACACUGUGGUGGUCUCACCUACCGAGACGGGCGACAAGAGGCCUGCGCUAGCCACCAACGAGUUCCCCAUGUCCCUCGCCACUUCCAACCAGGACAAACCACAGGGGUCACCCCUCGAACCCCCAGGAGCUUGACCCAGGACAUCCUCUUCCCCUGGGCCAGAAUCCCCCCGUCACACGCCGAACACCAGCCUCCAGGUUCCAUCAGUAUCUGUAACAAUGGACAGAGACUGAUAGGCCUGUAAGUUACAAGGCCCCCCGGGCCUCCCUCUCAAAGUCUCCCUCCCCUGAGCUGCUGAUCCAGGGCUGCUGUCUGAGGGUCAGAUAGUGCUGACCCCAGGUCAGUUGCAUGAUGGCAGUGGGUAGUGGACAGCAGAGCCACAGACAGACACAAGGGGUCUUGUGACAGGUCUGAGAACAGUUUCUGGCCUCCAGUCUACUCACGCUCCCUUUUCAUUUGAAUCAGCUCCGUUUGCAUGGCAAGGGGCAUUCCAGUAUUUGCCAAAGCUUUUUUUUGUGUGUUUUAAAUAAAAAAUAAAAUAAUGCUAAUCUGCAAUGGGACAGCAGAGAAACAGACAGACAGACCUCAUCACAGUCAAUGUUAAAGCCAAGAACUCUCCCUCAUGCAGGCAGCAGACAGACAGUGUGUUACUGAAUAAUAGGAUCCUUCCUGUCCUCUCUGUUGCUUCCUGUCUGACACAGGAAGUGGGUUGUCCUCUCCCAGUGCACAGGGAAAGCAUGCCAAACCAAGCCUUCCCAGGGUUCCUCACAGAGUGACACUUUCAACAGGGCUGUGGGCUCUCUCUCUGUCUUUCUCACACACACACACACAUUAGCUGAGAGAUCAGCACGUACACUAUAAGAAGAGUACAGGCAGUAUUGGAAUGUGAGUUUUGAGAAGGAGAACUCUGUCUAACUUUUGGCCCCAGCACUGACUUCUAUAUCACUCAGUCUUCGUUAAUAUUCUGUUACUAUGACAACCACAGAACAACUGGCUCUAACACUCAACUAGUUGCCAACACACAGAAAUAACAUAACUCUCUACACACACACACACACACACACACACAUAGCUCACACAGCAGUAGUGGUCUGAAACCAAGCUGCCUGUCUCUCUUUAAUGUUUGUCUGUCUGUACAUAUGUGUGUUUGCCUGACAAUGCCUGUGAGUAUGUUUGAGUGUGCAGGUGUUUGUGUGUUGAACUAUUUUGUAACAUUUGUACAAAGCCUUGUUAAGUUAACCUUGUAAAUAUAUAUAUAUUACAUUAUCAUUAUUUGUUGUUGUUUUUUUUGUUUGUUUUUUAAGGUUUACAUAAGUGCACAUAGGUGCACCAUCAUUUCCUUCAAGAUGUUACUUGAAAUGUUUCCCUUAAUAUAUUAUUUUUUGUUUUAUAUACAGUAUAUAUUAUAUAUAUUUUUUGUAUGAAAAGAAUAAGUACUUUUAUUGUGAUUUGACUUCUCGGGUGUACUUGUUUUUAAAACAAUCAAAAAAGAAACAACCUAAACCUGACUAAAAGCCUGUUCCUUGUUUCCUCAUAGAUGGCCUUUCUCUGUGACUCACAGUACUAUGCAGAAAUACUUUCUCUCAUUUCGCAAACAUAGAAUAACUAACACUUCCAACAUUAACAUUCUCCAGUCAAUAUCCUUAGUUCUGGCAGUUGAAAUGCCUAUCCGUUUCAUGGCUGGAUAGCAUCCAUUUCCGCAUUUGAAGAAAGCAAUGUACUCUCCCCUGGCUGACACUACUAUCUACCUUGUGCUGACAAUGCUUAUCUUAUUUUGCAGCAAACAGGGCUUUAUCUACCAUAAUCUAAUUUAAGUCAAAAUAAUGUUUGUAUGCAUCUCAGCUCUCUUAUCAAAGAACGAUCACAUACUGUCCUUGCAACAACUCUAUCAUAACUGUCUUUUCAAUUGGAUUAAGUAUUAGUUGGUAAUAAUUUGCUUGACCAAACCUGCCUAUGUGUACCAGAGGAAACGUUUGCUUUCAUUUUAUGGGUGACAGAGAAAGCGCGAAAUAUUGACAACAUGCCCUGUUACAUUUUGUAAGGUCUGUCAAUUAUAUUUUCUUUGUUAUAUUAUCAGGAAUAUUUCGAGUAUUAAACCAUCUGCACAUGGUUUUUCAUGUCACAUAUUUCAUUUCCGUAAGGUUAGACUCACUCAAGUGGAUAACCACUGUGAGCAGGGGUGCUUCAGAAUUCCGGGACACAAAUGAAUGAUUGCAGAAAUGUGGUUACCAUAAGUCGGCAUUUUGGGGUCUGCUGUGUUUCUAGACUUGCAUACCAUUCUCUUGGCCAUGGUCCAAGAUGAGUUUCCAUUUCCCAAAUACUCUUUAUUAACUAUCCCUCGACCAAUGUCAUAUGGGACUUAUUCUUUGGUUUUCCCCUUUGCUUGACCGGAUUUUUGUCAUGAUUAAAUGUAAUUGACUUUUUGUUGUUGUCUUGUCUUGUCUUACCUCAAGAGUUGCCCUACAAGUGCCUGAUUUCUGGAGUGUUUUUGUUCUGAAGUGCCAUGGUCAGUCCUCACCUCCCCAUUAACCCUCAUUAUUCCAGAUUCUCAAAGCCAGAAACCUCAACCUUCACACCUAGUUAUAAACCAGACUGAAUCCAUUAUCUUCUCGUUGCUGCGCUUACAUCUUAGCCGCUGACCCAAGGACGUGUAUCAUAUACGAGCAGCCUCUCUGCGAGGCCAUUAAAAGCACACUGUGUCUGGCCAAGGACUUGUCUAUGCUGUCUGUUUGCAUCUAACAAGCACUUACAAACAGCUGAAUACCUGAUGCUGCAAGGAGAGGGAAAGUAUAGUGCUCUCACCUGCUUUUCUCGCACACUAGAGGUUAUUUCAUGUGGACAGAGUUUUGUAUGGUACGCAUAACAAGCCCUAAUCAAGGGUAACCAAGACCUAGAACAUGGGAAUAUGGUACCAACUCAUUUGCAUUCGAUUUCGUUUGAUGAACUAACUGUAUAAAUUCAAACAGUCAGUCAAUAGGAGACAUACAGCUGAACCAAACUGCUCAUGCCUUCAUCGAAAAGACAAAUACAUGAAAUUGUAGAAUAUUCUGACAACACUCAAUGUGUGUUUAGCUGUCUGUUUCUUGAAAUGUGAUAUACCUUAUGUUUGUUAUUAUGUCUGUUAAUAUUUUGUACAUAUUGUCUUGAUAUGUAACAUAUUGUAUUGUGUAAAGUACAUUUUGAAUUGCUUUGAGUAGACGAUCUUAUAAGAAAAUGGCUUGACUAAAGGUUAUCAACCUGGAACCAUUUCAUUCGAUGGCUUUUUGCUUCAAAGCAAGGUUUUAUUAUGUAAAUAAACAGAAUUACGUUAUAAAA